UGGUUUUUUUUCUUUAGAGAAGAUCAUAGAAAAUUAUGAAUUUCCAUCAGCGAAUGGGGUGGAUGGGUGUUGGACUGUACUUGUUGGCCAGUGUAGCUGCAGUGUAUUAUAUAUUUGAGAUCAGCCAAACAUACAAGGGGCUUGUGCUAUCCCAUGUAGAAAAGGCAGCUGGUGCACAACCAAAAUGGAUUGGAGAUACUCCUUCCUACGUCCCUUUGUCAACCUCAUGCACAUUGACUCUGAAAACAAGACUACUGCUGCUUCCCUUCUGGGUGUGGGCCACCAUCUUCCUUCUUCUCUACCUGCAGGUGUUUCUCUUUCUGUAUUCCUGCACGAGGGCGGACCCCAAAAAUGUAGGAUACUGCAUUAUGCCCAUCUGCCUUGCUGUGCUUUGCAACCGUCACCAAACCUUUACCAAGGCCUCUAAUCGAAACAGCAGACUGCAAGUGAUUGACACAUGAAGUGCAUUGUUUAGGAUGUGGGAUCAGUGUUUGGUAAAAUAGAAAAAUUCAUUCAUAAACAAGAUAACAGCACUUUGGUCAAUACAGGAAUAUACAUGGAUGUGAUGUUUUUGUUGUUGGCCUUGGGACACGCUUUUUUAAGUGUUUUCUUUAAAACUAAGGAUUUGAUUUCAGUGCUUUUAUUAUGCUGCAAAAGACUGGACCAUAUGUGGUACUUUUUUUAAAGUUGUAAUUUGUUUCAACUGAAAUAAGUCACAUUUUUACUUUUGUAAUUGAAGUUAAAUUUGAUCUUAGUCUAAAUAGUAGCAAUCAAGCCAUUGUCCUAGAUGUGCACCUAGAAUGUGGGUAGAUGAUUUUACAUGUAGAAGACUUUUUGCAAACUAUUUAUCUGACAGCUGCAUUCUGAACUAUGUCCUACUUUUAAAUGACACAUUUUAAUGGUUGGAAGAUUUUGUUUAAUCAAGAUUUCAAAUGAAUACAACCAGAAAUGUAGAGUUGUACAUUUUUGAUAUAAGUCCAGUGGAUUAUUUCAGCUGUUUGUACUCAUUAAUAUUCUGUGAACAUUGGUGCAGUACAACUGAAAUACCACAGACAGUAUUUUAUUUCUAAAAUAGUGUUCAUUUUUUAAUUGUUUUGAAUGUAAAAACACACACCGUGUGAAAACAUUAACUGAGGUAAUUUGUGUACCAUUUUUAUCAAUGAUAAAUACUGUUUCAUGUCAGUAUUCCACAAUCAAAUAGGAUUUCUGGAGUCACCAUAUAUGAGAAGGAACAUGUUUGUUUAGCAAAUAGUAAUUUUCAUUCGUGAUAACUGUGUUCUUCUAGGAAUAUUUAAACAUCUACAAGUGGCUUCUGACAAACCGGUUCUGUCUGUCUGAAAUAUUUGUUCACUCAACCUCAUAUCUUAUUGUUGGGGGAUGUCAGUAUCGCGUUACUGUAUGAGCAAGCUUAUCUUCUAUAAAAAACACAAAGGUUAUAAGGAUCUGCUGUGUGAGAGGUUGUAAUGAAUCUUUAUCCUUAUCUAAACAUGAGUUCCGCUCCAGAACCCAGUAAUUUCAGCCUCUCUUAUGUGAGCUGUACUGCUCUUCACUUUAAAAAUCACUGCUUGUAUGAAGAUGAUGCCUAAAGCCAUGUGUGGAUGGUUUUACUUGUUAAAAUUUUCAAAAAAAGGCUAAUUGUUGUUUUGUUCUUAAAGGGCUUUUCUGUGAAUUUAUAUGGUAGUUAUUGUGUAAUGGUAUUUAUUAACUUUCCAUUGCAAAUGUAAUACACUGUGAUAUCAAACAAGUGUGGAUUCAGACAGAAAUCAAUACAUUUUUCUUCAUGUGUUUAAAGUGUUACUUGUUAAUCAGAAACUAAACACAUUUAUAUGAGUCUGUCUGCAACUUUAUUGCACAGUGGUAUAAUAUUACAGGAAAAAAAAUAUCCUGCCGAUAAUUGCUGUAAAUAUGUAACUACACCAGGUGAAAUGUAAUAAAAAAGUAAUCAGUAAUUGAAUUGAGGUUUAAAAAAAAAAAAAAAGUAUAUA